AUGUCUAUUCUCCUUAUUAUUAACUGGGAUGCAAUCCAAGCAGAUGCCGUUUUUGUUUGCUCACUAAUUUCCUUCCUCUUACAACAGUUGAUGAUUAGCUGCGUAGGAAUAGUUUCGGAUUCGAAUGAGGCUGGAAAUCGUGCUGAUAUUGCGAUGAAGCUCACUGAAGCGGUGUAUAGAAGGACGGAAUUGGAGACGCUGAAGGAUCGUCAGGAUCAACUCCUCUUAUCAGUGAUUCCUGCGUAUUUGACGGAUAAAGUUAGUAAAAGCAUAAUACAAUCAAGCAGUACAGCAGCAAGGAAUAAUAACUCGAAACAUCACAAACUGUUCCAUGAUUUGCACGUUCAAGUGCACGACAACGUCAGCAUUCUCUUUGCUGACAUUGUGAACUUCACCGUACUCGCAGCUCAGCUUACAGCUAAGGAUCUCGUACGAACGUUGAAUGAGUUGUACAGCAAGUUCGACAAAGAUGCGCAGAAGCUCCAAUGUAUGCGGAUUAAAUUUCUUGGAGAUUGCUACUAUUGCGUUUCUGGGAUGCCAGUGAAUCGUCCAAAUCAUGCUGAUAUGUGUGUGGUGAUGGGCCUCGAAAUGAUAAAAACCAUAAAGUAAGC